UCAGGACCCGCCCUUCGCGGAAGUGCCUGUCCUUGCCGGCCCACGCAUGCGCACUGCCUUUUCCUCUCAGUUCGCCUCCGGAGAUGGUGCUCGUCAAGGAAUUUCGUGUGGUGCUGCCUUGCUCUGUCCAAGAGUACCAAGUGGGCCAACUGUACUCGGUGGCGGAGGCCAGCAAGAACGAGACGGGCGGCGGGGAAGGCAUACAGGUCUUGACUAACGAGCCCUUCGAGAACGAGGGAGAAAAGGGGCAAUACACACACAAGAUCUACCACCUCAAGAGCAAAGUUCCUGGCUUUGUCCGAAUGUUUGCUCCUGAAGGUUCUCUGGUUUUCCACGAAAAGGCCUGGAAUGCCUAUCCCUAUUGUCGAACCAUUGUAACAAACGAAUACAUGAAGGAGGAUUUCUUUAUCAAGAUCGAAACAUGGCACAAACCUGAUUUGGGGACCUCAGAAAACGUCCAUGACUUGGACCCGAAUGCCUGGAAAGGGGUCGAGGUCAUCGAUAUUGACAUCGCCGACCGGGAUCAAGUCGAGCCCGGGGACUACAAAGCAGAGGAAGACCCGGCGUUAUUUCAGUCGGUCAAGACGCAGAGAGGACCCCUUGGACCCGAUUGGAAGAAAGAGCUGGCAGCCAAUGAGGAAUGUCCCAAAAUGUGCGCCUAUAAAUUGGUGACCAUUAAAUUCCGAUGGUGGGGACUGCAGAACAAGAUAGAAAAUUUCAUCCAGAAGCAAGAGAAGCGGAUAUUCACCAAUUUCCACCGCCAGCUCUUUUGCUGGAUGGACAAAUGGAUCGACUUGACGAUGGAAGAUAUUCGGAGGAUGGAGGACGAGACCCAGAGGGAACUCGAAGCGCUGCGGAAUCAGGGGGAAGUGCGGGGGACGAGCGCCGCCAAUGACGAGUGACUUCCUGUUUCCUGCUAAGGGACUUCCUUUUUUGAAAGAAGGCGGGACUAAGGAAGUUCCUCCCCUUUUUUCCCAAGAAAGGAAAAAAGACUCUUUUGACAAAGAAGAAGAAGAAAUGAUGGACCAAUUUGUUGUCCCCUUCAGUGGUUGUUUAUGGUUCUAUCUAAUAUAUUUCCCAAUUUAAUUCCCAAAUUUAAUUCUAAUUUCUUUCCCAAUUUCAUCCACAAAUUUAAUUCUAAUUUAUUUCUCAAUUUCAUUCUCAAAUCCUAAAUUCCCAAAUUUAAUUCUAAUUUAAUUUACAAAUUUAAUUCCCUAUUUUAAUUCUAAUUGAAUUCCCAAAUUUCAUUCUAAUUUAUUUCCUAAUUUCAUUUCCAAAUUUAAUUCUGAUAGAUUUCCCAGUUUUAUUCCCCAAAUAAAUUAGAAUUAAAUUUUGGAAUUCAAUUGAGAAAUAAAUUAGAAUUAAAUUUGGGGAUUAAAAUUGCAGUUAUGCCUCAAAUUAAAUUGGGAAUUCAGUAGUAAUAAUUCUUUUUGAAUUAAAUUUAGGAUGCAAAUAGGAAUUAUAUUUUGAAUUAAGUUUUAAAAUAAAUUUAAUACCCAAUUAAAUUUGGAUUAAGUUAAGAAUUAAAUUAAUUUCUUGAAUUCAAUGUUGGGAUUAAUUUCAGGGAAAAAAAGGUUGGGGUUAAAUUAAAUAUUGAAUUACAUUUGGGAAUAAAAUUGAAAUUAUAUUCCAAACUAAAAUUGGAUGAAAUUAAGAAUUAAAUUGAGGAUUUAUUUUCUAAUUGAAUUUCAGGAUUAAAUUGGGGAAAAAAGUCGUAAACAAAUUUUGGGAUUAAAUUGGGAAAUUAAAUUAAAUUUUUGAAUUAAAUUUGGGUGCAAAAUUGGAAUUCCACAUUAAAAUUGGAUUAAAUUACACAUUACUUUUAGGAUUAAAUUGGAAUUAAUUUUCGAAUUAAAGUGGCAUUAAAUUGGGAAAUAUAUUUGGGAAUAAAUUAUAUUUCAAAUUAAAUUUGGAGUAAUAUUUUUUUUUCAUUUACAGUUCUACCUUAAAAAUGGAAUUAAAUUUGGAAUUUAUUACAGAAUUAAAUGGGGAAAAUAUUAUUGAAAUUAUUAUUUAAAGAUAUUUUAAAAAAAUCAGAAUUAAUUGGGGGGAAAAGAGUCAUUAGCCAUCUUUGCAAUUAUUGUUAUUAAUGUUAAUGAUGAAGAUAAUAAGGAUCGAAUGUCGAAUUUUCGGGGAGAAAGGGACUGAUUUACAUCGAAAUUAUUCUGAAAUUAUAUUGUUCACUGAAUAAACUUGUAUAUAUUCCA